AUGCCACAGUCCAAGAGAGCCCGUCUCGAACACCUGACCAAAACUUCCAAGCGAGCCACUCGCGAACACAAGUCCUCUUACAUUCAGGACGUGAGGGAUGCAGUUGACAAUCACGAUCAUGUAUACUUGUUUUCGUAUGAGAAUAUGCGCAGUAGCAAAUUCAAGGAUAUCCGUAUGCACUUCCGUUCGACUGGUGAUGCCAUGGACGUUCCCUCCAAAAUUAUGCUAGGAAAGAACAAAUUGAUCCAAAUCGCACUUGGCAAGACCCCGGAAGAUGAAUAUUCUGACAAUCUUCGUCUCGUAUCCAAGGAGAUUACAGAAAAUGUUGGCCUACUUUUCACAUCUAGAACCCGAGCGGAAGUGGAGGAAUUCUUUCAAAACUUUUCCGCGCCAGAUUAUGCCAGAGCCGGUUUCGUCGCUCCAAGGGAAGUCAUUAUCACCAACAAAAUGUUGUUCAAUCAUCCAACUACCAUGCUUGAUCAACAGUUCCGAAAGCUAGGUUUGCCAGUGAAGAUCCAGAACGGAAAGAUUGUCCUUUUGGCUGACAAGGAGGAGCACCUAUUGUGCAAAGAAGGAGAGACCCUUUCUGUUGAAAAGUGUAAGUUAUUGACGCAUUUUGGUAUCAAGCUAUCCGAAUUCAAAGUGAAGCUGGUUUGCCACUGGGCAAAAGGGGAAUUUGAAUUGCUAGACUAA